CAAAACAAUUGUUAGUUUCAUUUUAAUCAAUUACACAGUUUUUACAUAAUUCUAAGGGAUACCGGCACCCUUGCCGGCAGAACUCCUAUGGUUACAACAACGAACAGACCAGGGGGAGAGCCGCGGAUUUCUGAAGAUUCGUCAACCAUCCUUAUCGGAUUAGUUGUUGUUCACUUCUCAGGGAGCAAUCCACAGCAACACAAAUCGGCCACCUGUGCGAAUCCGGAGGAGUCUACUGACCGACAACAUCUGACUGACAAUGGCCACCCAUUGCGGCGGACGAAGGCGACUAAGACUGCUAUCAGAAGGGAUGUGCCUUACCUGAGACGACGGGGCCAUACAAUUGGCGCUCGUGGGGAUUCGGCUUUGGAUCCCUCUUCCCCUUCUCAGACGGACCUUCAGCAGCGGACUGCACACAGAAGGGGAUUGCCUCCUUGGCGACAACAGCAGAACAUAGUCGGAGUUGGUAAGCUUACGCGCAGACCUGCGACCGGCCAAAAUCCUGAAUAGAAUAUUGGCGGGUCUGCAUCCAGACGGCGUGGUGACCUAGUCGGCGAGGUCCAGUCUGCAUCAAGGGGCUCUCUCCGCCGACUGCAGCAAAGGGCUGUCCACUCCCGUCAAUACUAUCCCAAAGCCAAGUUUCAAAAUUUCUCCCGGAGACAAUUCGAACAGGUCAUGGCUAUUCCUGAAGGCUUUGAAACUUUAAUUGAAAGUAAAAUCUUUCAAUUCAAAAUUACUAAUCGGAAUGCUAUUCAUAUAUCUGAAAUGAAGUUUGUGGUUUUAUCUACUAUUGAUCUUGACUUGAAAAGAGUCUCUUGGCUGAAAGAAUCCAUUACAAAACUUUAUUCUGAUACUUGGUCAUCUCCUAAACUUGAGCUGAAGGAUCUUUUAUUACUUUAUGAUUCAAAUGUUUAUGGAGGUUUUAUUCGCAUCAUUGAGAAGGGACAUGAUUCUCUAUUUAUACCUGAAGGAUGGAAUGGAUUGGGUAUUAAGCGUUUUCUAAUAGGUAUUACGAGAUCCAUUAAUUUGAUGAAAGAAUUGGCAGUGCGAAUGACAACCUCGAAUUCUUCAGGCUUUGUUGACACCAAACCUGCCAUGGAUCUUUUUACUCCUUGGUUGGAUAGGGAUCUCUCUUAUGAGAAUGUUUCAUCUAUUUCGGGAUCGUUGUUUCAAGUUGAUAUUGAACGUUCUGUCUGUUUUGAUAAAUCUCUGGUGUUGGAUUCUAGUGAGGAUCUGUGUACUUCUCAGCUAAUAUAAAAAAUUGACUCCCUUUUGGAUUCCAUUCAGACUUGUAUGACUAAUGGGGUGAAUUCACUUUCUCAAUUUUUAAUCAAAGAAUUUGAUAGAAUGCUUUUGGUAAAUCGAGAGUCUUUUUCUACUGGAAAAAAUGAGAAAGAUAUCAAUGCAAACCCAGAGGUCAAUUUUUCAAGGGAUGUUUUCCAGGGUAAUCAGUGCUCAAUAGGGCUUGAUUGUGAAGACGUGUUUCCUGAGAAGAUAUUAUCAUAUUCGGGAGAUGAAUUUCUUGGUCAUGCUUCAGAAAGCGAGAAGAGAACUCCCAAUUCAUCGAUUGAGGAUUUAUGGGACUCAGACACCAAUAAGGACGUUUGUCAUAAGGCUGACCUAGUCACAAAGGAAAACUGUUUGCCUACACAGAACCUCAACACUCAAAUGAAAAUUUACAGGAAAAAGCACCAGCGAUCUCACCAUAUGAGGACAAGAUCCCAAGCUCGCGUGGACGAACGGGCUUAUGAGUCUUGAGGGAACCUACUAUUUGAUGGGGCUAUUUUAUAGGGUGUCUUAUAAUUUAAUACUUUUUGCAGGGCAUCUGUAUUCAUUUUUGUUUAUGUUUCUUUUUUCAUCUUUUCUUUGUACUCUGUUUUUCUCAUUAACAAAAAUUUCCUUUUGCAAAAAAAUAAAACAUAAUUCUUCUCCAUUCCGGUCAAAUUGGAAAAACUUUA